UUCAGUAAUCGUGCGCCGUGCGAGCGUGACGGACGGACGCUCGACGUACGCGAGUGUGUGUGUGUGUGUGUGCGUGAGUGUGAGCGUGAGCGUGAGAGCGUGCGCGCCAUGAAGCUGACGGUGGACGAGGACGUGGCCGCGGGCGACGCUGACGGCCUGCUCUCUGGCCGCAGGAAGUCGUCGUCGGUGAAGGUGACCAUCGCGCCGGCCACCCCGGCGCAGCCCAAGACGCUGUCGCACCUGCCCAAGAGGCCGCCCGUGGACAUCGCCUUCUCCGACCUCACGUACUCCGUCACCGAGGGCCGCAAGAAGAAUGCCAAGACGAUCCUCAAGUCCGUGUCGGGACGUCUGCGGUCCGGGGAGCUCACCGCCAUCAUGGGCCCGUCGGGGGCCGGCAAGUCCACCCUGCUCAACAUCCUCACUGGAUACAGGACCUCCGGAAUCCAUGGCUCCAUCACAAUCAACGGCCAAGAGAGGAACUUGAGCCAGUUCCGCAAGCUCUCGUGCUACAUCAUGCAGGAUAAUCAGCUCCACGCAAACCUGACAGUCGAAGAAGCUAUGCAGGUGGCCACCGCUCUCAAGUUGGGCUCCGAAGUGUCCAAAUCAGAGAAGGAGGAGUUGAUUCAAGAAAUUCUUGAGACUCUGGGAUUGUCUGAGCAUGUGAAAACCAUGACCAGCAACUUGUCUGGAGGGCAGAAGAAACGUCUCUCUAUUGCCCUUGAGCUUGUCAAUAACCCACCCAUCAUGUUCUUUGAUGAACCCACCAGUGGUCUGGACAGUUCAUCGUGCUUCCAGUGCAUCUCCCUGCUCAAGUCCUUGUCUCGUGGAGGACGCACAAUCAUCUGCACCAUUCAUCAGCCCUCUGCUCGUCUCUUUGAGAUGUUUGACCAUCUGUACACUCUUGCUGAGGGGCAGUGCGUGUACCAGGGAUCUACCCAACAGCUUGUUCCCUUCCUGGGCAAACUUGGUCUAGCUUGCCCGAGCUACCAUAACCCAGCCUCUUUCAUUAUUGAAGUUUCAUGCGGAGAAUAUGGUGACAACAUCCGCAAGCUGGUGACUGCUAUUAAAAACGGCAAAAAUGACAUCCGCACUGGAACGCCAUUCCCUGCCAUUGAAGCUCUCAACAACACCACGACUCCCAGCAACAAUGUAAAGCUGACCAAUGCUCAGAACGGCAACAACAUUGUGUCCGUCUUCAACAAGGAUGACAAAGAGGUCGCUUCUGAAAAGAAAGGCAACGGCAUUAUGCUAGCUGCAUUUAAAUCAAAUGAAAAGGAAAAUGGAAUCAAUGGAGAUGCCUCACAAGUGGUUAUCCCAGUUGACCUGUCAGCAAAUGAGAAGGCAGAUAAUGUGAAUGCCUCACUUUUGGACAGUGGAAUUGUUGAUACUAAGAGGAGGUAUCCAGUCUCAGAGUGGAAACAGUUCUGGGUUGUACUUAAAAGAACCCUUUUGUUCAGCAGAAGAGAUUGGACACUUAUGUACCUACGUUUGUUUGCUCACAUUUUGGUUGGAUUCCUGAUUGGUGCUCUCUACUAUAACAUUGGUAACGAUGGUGCGAAAGUACUUAGUAACUUGGGCUUCCUUUUCUUCAACAUGUUGUUCCUUAUGUACACCUCAAUGACUAUCACAAUUCUGUCAUUCCCUCUGGAAAUGCCUGUGCUACUUAAAGAAAGCUUCAAUCGCUGGUAUUCACUAAGGUCUUACUAUUUGGCUAUAACAGUGUCAGAUUUACCGUUCCAGACUAUAUUCUGUGUUAUAUAUGUCACAAUUGUGUACUUCAUGACAUCUCAACCUCCUGAGCUUGAGCGAUUUGCAAUGUUCCUCUCAGCAUGUCUUCUCAUUGCAUUUGUUGCUCAGAGUGUGGGUCUUGUUGUUGGUGCAGCCAUGAAUGUGCAGAAUGGUGUGUUCCUGGCUCCUGUCAUGUCAGUGCCCUUCCUUCUAUUCUCUGGCUUCUUCGUCAGCUUUGAUGCCAUACCCAUUUAUCUGAGGUGGAUUACAUAUUUGAGUUACAUCAGAUAUGGUUUUGAGGGAACUGCUCUGGCAACAUAUGGCUUUGCCCGUGAGAAGCUCAAGUGUUCACAGACCUACUGCCAUUUCAAAAACCCAACUACCACAUUGGAGGAGUUAGACAUGUUGGACAAAGACUUCCGUGUCGACAUUAUUGCAUUGGUCCUCAUCUUUAUUGUCCUGAGAGUCUCUGCAUUUGUGUUCCUUCGCUGGAAGCUGCGUGCAGCACACUAAGUUCAUUAACAAGAGGCAUGUGCCCAUCUUGCUCUCUUAAUUGCAUUGCACAUGCAACACAGUUUAACUUUUUUUUUCUUUUUUUUUCUUUUUAAAGUUUUGCUGAGUUGCUUUUAGUCUGACAGAUUGAUCAAAGUCAGUUGUACAUACUUAUUUUAUCGUCAUUUCUAUUGUAUUUGAUAUGUAUAUGGAUGUAAUUAUAGCUCUGUACUGUGUAGAUACUUAGUAUUUUCUUGUUAGCCUUUCAAAAUUAUUUCGUUUUCACUUUUGAUACCCAGUUUUGAUACAAUGUUAAGUAAAUGAGCUAAAAUUGUGAUAAUAAACCAACCAAACUCUCAUUUUAUUACUUGUCCCCGGGAGAUUCCUUUUCUAGUUGUGUGGUGCUCUUAAGCAAAAUAUCCCUUGAAAGGUAAAGAUUGUAAGUGACAACCUAGAGGAAGACAUAAUUUGGUUUAAAAAUAGUUUGCUUUGGAUUAAAGACUAAUGUCAUGAAAGGAAAGUGUUUCUUUUCGGGGACUUCUUGAUAAUAAUAAUUAAUGUUGCUCCUUCAAGAGCUGAUCAAUGAAAACAAGUGAAGCUAUUACGUGAUAAAACAUUCUUAUUUUAGUUAUGGUGCUGUUUAUCUGUAUUUGUGUGCAUGUGUGUGUGUGUAGAUGAGUGCGGAUGUGACUUGAACCCUGCUUGCUCUUCAAGUGAUGGGCAGCUCUAUUUGUGGUGAGACUGUCUCUGUAUGGUAUGAAUUUUAGGAGGAGGAUGAAAGGCUGUGAUGAAACAUAGCCACUAUUCCAUUCAUUCUCUCAAUGUUUGUGUUGGAUCAUUGUGGUGUUUAAGGCAAAGAAGAAGUGACCCACUGUUGGUGUGAGAAUCCCACGUUUCAUUUUAAUUUAAUGUAAAGUCAUGUAUCAUUAUAUCACCUUUGUGUUGCUCAAACUGUUUCAAUCAUCACCUUCCCUAGUUUUUAUUUCUUCUGUUUAUGUGCGUCCAAUUUUUACGUAACAAUUUUUUUGUCUUUAAUUUGGUUAAUUUCUUACUUCUAAGUUUAUGCCAGUUCAAUGUGGAACACUUAUGCAAUCGCAUAAGGAAUGCCUGGAUUACAGGGUGAAACAAAAGCCUUUCCAUUGUUUUGCCUAACAUGGAGAUGUCUUUCUAUUUUAAUUUUUUUUAUUUUAUUUGUCUUGUGGGUAAUUCUCAUAAGUAUUAAAUCAAAUUAAGCACCUUCUUAUGUAUGUCUUACCUUUUAAUGCAAGUUUCUAACAGGGUUUAAGGAAUGAAGGGACCAUAUCCAAGAUUGUAUGUCUAUCUGUUUUGUUUAAUGUAACUCUACAAUAAAACUGAAAAUUUUCA